UUGGGGUACAAGUGCUCAGACACAGAUCACACUAGUUUAGUGAAGAAUGGAGACGAGACGUCCAGCGGUUUCCGCCGUGUCCGUGGGGGCGGUGGUGCUGAUCCUGGCUUGGUCGCCGGCGGCGGCCGUAGCAAGCGGUGGCUGGAUGGACGCGCACGCUACCUUCUACGGCGAUGAGACCGGAGCUGAGACCAUGCAGGGUGCGUGUGGGUACGGUAACCUAUUCCAGCAGGGGUACGGGCUGGACACUACAGCGCUGAGCGUGGCCCUCUUCAGCGACGGCUGGUCCUGCGGCGGCUGCUACGAGAUCCAGUGCCACGGCGACCCGCACUGCAAGCCCGGCGGAGCGCCAGUGACGGUGACGGCAACCAACCUCUGCCCGGCCAACUACUCCAAGCCCUACGAGAACUGGUGCAACCCGCCGCUGAAGCACUUCGAUCUCUCCAAGCCCAUGUUCCUUCGCCUCGUCACCGACUUCCACGUCGGCAUCAUCCCCGUGCAGUACCGACGCGUGCCUUGCGCCAAGAAGGGCGGCAUCCGGAUAGAGAUGACGGGCAACCAGUACUGGGUCGGCGUGCUCGUCUUCAACGUCGCCGGUCCCGGCGAAGUCAAGGCGUUGGCCGUGAAAGGGGCCAAGGACGGGCAGUGGCGGAACAUGAAGAGGAACUGGGGACAGAUCUGGGACGGAGAUGUCCAAAAUCUCGUCGGGCAGGGGCUCUCGUUCCGUGUGGUCGCAAGCGACGGCCGCUCCGUCGUCCUCGGCGCCGUCGUGCCGGCAAGCUGGACGAUCGGCCAGAGCUUCGAGGGCAAAGAGCAAUUCUGAUAGAUCAACCAACGUAGCUUGUAAGUGUAACAAUGCUAGGUACAAUAAUUGCUAGUCAUGUAUGUGUUUCUGCAUCCUUAACAUUUGCUACCGUAAGUCAUCAAACUAUGGUGCUGCGUGAGUGCGUGUUCACUUCUGA